AAACACGCACGCGGUCGACUGCCACAGCAAUCCCUCUUCGCAGGGCACGGACCUCCUUCUUGUUUUCUCCGGCCGCUUUUGCCUUAUCGUGCCGCUUCGGGACUGGUAGUACGACGACCCUGUUGGCCACCGGUCGUCCUCGUUCACUUUUGCACACAUCCAGAUUGAAUAUUGGUGGAUCUGUCAAUUCGCAUCAUCUCCCCUAUUUUCCAUAUGGCCGAUACUCCGGAUGCAUCCGAGUCAGCUGCCGAAUCGGUCGAUGAGGGACAACUGACCAUCAGGAUCCCCAAUCCGAAAGUAUAUAUGGCUCGCCAGUCACAGUGGAAAGGCCGGAGAGGAAAGCCACGCUGUGAUCAUUGUCGCUUGAACAACUUGAAGUGUGAUCGAGUAUUGCCUGUCUGCAAUUACUGCUCCUGGUCAGCAAGUGGGCGGGAGUGCAAGUAUACUCCCCUGCCCACCCCAGCUCAUCGAGGUAUCCCAAGGUGUGACCGCUGUCGCUUGAAGAACCUCAAGUGCGACCGCAGCCUCCCAGUAUGUAAUCAUUGCGCAGAAGAGAAGGAGGAUGACUGCAAUUACACUCCGAAGAAGAGACACAAGGUCCCUUCAGACCAUGCCGCGGCCAAGGACAGGCCUGUAGCUCCAUACGCCGCAAAGACCGCAUCCUUCCUAGUGUCCGAGAUGCUCUCGGAAGAAGCCACCCCGGAACAAGGCACACCCAGCGGGCCCUCCGGAAGCAACAUCUUCGAAGGUGAGAUUCGAACCGAGCCGCAAAUCAAGCAAUACGUUCCUCCUACCUCUCCGAUACCCAUUGAUGAGGACAUUAUCAAGAACGCCGAUUCCGAGCUCUUCCAGCAGGUGGGCCCAGAUGGCACGACGACAUGGGUCCGCAAGAUCGCUCUACCUCCACUGAAAAACGGGUCUUCUAGUACGCACUCUACGUACCACCGCCCCUUCCUCCUCGACCAGGGGAUGAUCGUCACGACGCCCCAUGUCGAUCCCUGGGUCCAUCCGGACUUCGUCUCCCUACCAGACGUUGUCCUGCAGACGCUCACUUCCGUGAACGCGAUCGAGAUGCCCACACGCCACUCAUUCGAGGAGGCGCUCAUCCGAUUCGCGAGUGGGCUCUCGCCUGAGCUCCGGGAGACGGCGACCUUCAUCCCGGAGGUGUAUGCGGAGGUCGCUCACGCCAUCUCCGAGGGCCACAUCGCGGGCCUGUCUCCGCGGCUGCAGAUGUGGGUCACCUGCCACCACGCGCGCGCGGGCUCCCACAAGCGCCACCUUAUCUUGCUGCCCCGGGACGCAUUCUACAAUAUGAACAGGGCGGACGAGGAGAAGCUGCGGGGUAAUUAUAUCAAUCAGACGGAUGGAGAGGUCGAUAAGAACAAGCCAGUCCCAUUGGAUGAGAACGGGCUGGGGUCGCUGGAGGCGGCUGCCGUGUUCGAACGGGUGCCUAUACAGCAGCAGAUAUACGACGUCUUGGUUUAUACACAUAGGAGUCACGGAUCAUCGUCUACUAUGCUUUUUGAGGCUAGGCGGAUUGGUAUGGCUACCAUCACUUGGCCCAUGGUGGAACUCUUCAUCCGCUUAUGUCCGCUAUGCAAACUUCGCGCCAAAGGCCCUCGAAUCCCUGCCGAUGAGGAUACCGCGGCGCCUCGCCCAUCCCUGAGCAGGCGGUGAACAUCAUGCCUCGCGAUCUAUUGCUGACAUCUAGUAUAUAUACAUAUAGCUUCACAGUAUUCACAUCGUCCGAUUUCAGAAGACUAACUCGUGUAGUAGUUGGACCGGGGACUAAUGUAUCUGUCUAUCUAUUAGGAUGCCAUGAUAUCCGAUAUUCGUUUUGUACAUGAUUGUAAUAUAGUUUGCUACGAUUGCUUUGCUUACCGUAUGCAACUCAACACAGGCUGUACUACGAGACAGCGAUGCGGACGCAAUAUAAAGACUUGUA